UUGACAUUGACCGAACGAUUAGACUUACUGUUUACAAAGCCUCACUACGAUCCAAGACUCAGGCUUAACUUCAACCGUAAGCUAAUGUUUUCCUGGGGAUUUCCAAAGAACAGAAUAAUACAGUUAUUAUUAAUUAUAUUUCAUACUCUUGCACGUUAAACAAUGAUUUCCAGUCAUUGAUUUAGAAUAAAAAGGGCCGCUUCUAACGUCUGGGCUUGCGACCAUUUUGGUGUUACGUCUGUGUUGAAGGACAUGGAUACACCUCGUUAGCGCGAAGUUCACACAGGAUCAGUGGUUCAUCAUUCAGAAUCAUUUCUUCACACUUUAAUUAACUGAAGUACUUUCUAUGUGAUACAAACUUAUUUGCUUUAUUCAGACAAACCGGUGAUCGUGACAGUAGGAUUCUGGGUUCUGUCAAUCGAUGCGAUAAAUGUGAUGCAUAUGGUAAGAAAAAAAUGUCUUUGAAAAACUAAGGGUACUAUGCUUAUUAAAGAAAUUGCCGAAAAGGAGUGAUGAGAAAAUUAACAGCUGUUCGUUAUUUUUACCCAAUAGACUGACAGCCGCUGUAGAACACACGAGUAAUCCUUAAGUUUUCUAGCCUGCGACCGCAGACGUAUUUCCGAUCGUCGCUUCUCACCCCGCUCCGAAAUAGAGAAGCGACGACCGGAAAUACGUCUGCGAUCGCAGGCUAGAAGUUUUCUUCAGGGAUGGUAUAAGUAGACCCAACGAAAAAGACAAGCGCUACGUUGAAAAUCUCCCCCGUGCUCUCGUGUAUUGGCUACUAGCGGACUCGGUCAGUGUGCUGUGGAAUCAAUUAAAUAAUUGAUUAGCUCGUCGUUUCUUCCUUCAUUUUCUUAAAAAUAAUUGGCCCUCAACUCUUAACAGGAGUUCGGGAUAGACAUUUUCCUUCGUCAAUCUUGGUUUGACCCGCGACUUGACCACGGUCUUCAAGGUACUCUAUCUCUAAGCAACACGGUGCUUUCUCAUACAUGGCUGCCCGACAGUUAUUUCAAAAACGCAAAGAAAGCAAGCUUCCACGACGUCACCACACCGAAUAUUAUGAUUUCCAUUGGUCCUGGGGGCUUGGUACAUUACAAUGCAAGGUAA